UCAUCACACUGAAUGGUUUUGGAUAUCCUAUAAAUAGCCGCGCUUCCUAUUACUUCUAUCAUUCAAGUUUUCCACCUGUAAGAAAAAAAACUUUAACAAGUGUACGAAAAGGAAAAGCAAUGGAAAUUACUCAAUGUAUCUUUGUGGCGCUUGCCUUUCUGAUUUUAGAAACAACUGCAAUACCCGAGUAUCGAAGAGUGGUAGGACAUUAUGGAGAUUCUAUGAGGGCCUACGAAGAUGUGAUGAUUGACGAGGAAGACGAGCUUAUUAUAGCAACCGUCGCCAAGGUUUCAUCCAAAAAAGUCGAUCCAUCGAUUGCAUUCCAUGACUUUUCAGCGGGAUACAGUGCCAUUAAAGUUGUUGAGAAGGGUAUUUGUUACAUAGAGAAAGCUAGACAUUCCAUGGAAUAUUUAAAGGAUAUUCUCUACCAAGCAGAGAGAGACAAUGGUGACUAUGAAAUCAGACAGACGUUCAAGUGCACGUCAAAGACGUUUAUCGAGCCGUCAGAGGUGGAAAUGUACGGAGAGCGGAUAGCUGCCUUCUGUAAAGAUUACGAGUCGGUGUUUGUUGAGAAAGACUACAAAAUGCGCAGUAAAAGAGAAACGCUAGCUUUUGAAGAGAAUAGUCUGUGGUGCUUCAUUUGCGGAGGGGAUUGCAACGCUUAAAAGAUCGUACAGUUAAUCUGGAGGAAAACAAAAGUUGCUAUCAAAUGUAAAAAUGAGAAAUAAUUAUGAUGAUACUAUAUUGUACAUUAAAAUCAUAGGUUAAAAAAACUAGUUUCGUUUAUGUUAAACAUUAUACAUAGCUUUCAAGCGUAUGCAUUAUGUGAUUUCCAAAAAUCAACUUUUGUCAACAUAUUCUUGUUUUCAUUUUUCUUCGCAAAACAUUGUAUACCAUAUCUUUUUAUUGUGUACCGCUCAAACUUUGAUAAAUCAUUCUUAUAACUUUUAAGAAGAACUAUUCUUACAU